AGUUUACUUUUGAAAGACUAAUCAUCUUCAAAAUGGCCUUUUCCAAGAACUCAUUUGGAGUUUUUGUACUUCAAAUAAUGGUUCUAGCACUCCUCUCUUUACAUGCAGAAGGCCAAGGCUUAAAAGUAGGGUUCUAUGAGAAAUCAUGCCCACAAGCCGAAAAGAUCGUAUCGACGGUCAUGAGCGAUGUUAUGGCCGUGGCCCCCUCUCUUUCGGGCCCAUUGUUGAGAAUGCAUUUCCACGACUGCUUCAUUAGGGGUUGUGACGGAUCGGUUUUGUUGGAUUUUCCAACACGGCAAUCCGAGAAAUUCUCGCCCCCAAAUCUCAGCCUAAGAGGGUUUAAUAUCAUUGAUAAGGUGAAGUUGGCGUUAGAAAAGGCCUGCCCUGGUGUAGUUUCUUGUGCUGACAUUGUAGCCCUUGUUGCUAGAGACGUUACUGUGGCGACCAAGGGACCAUAUUGGGAGGUCGAAACUGGCCGAAGAGAUGGAAAAGUGUCUUUGUUCGCUGAUCCCAUAAACCGUGUGACAGGAUUGCCACCACCUUUUGCAAACAUCACUCUUUUGAAGCAAUCUUUCGCCAUGAGGGGACUUAAUACAAAAGACCUUGUUGUUCUAUCCGGAGGACAUACCAUAGGGAUGUCUCAUUGCUCCUCGUUCGAAAACAGGCUCUACAACUUCACUGGGAAAGGUGAUACCGAUCCCUCAAUGGACCAAAACUAUAUUGCAAGACUAAAGUUAAAGUGCAAGCCAAGAGACCAAACCACAUUAGCUGAGUUGGACCCAGGGAGCUUCUUGACAUUUGAUGACUCAUACUUCAGACUAGUGACUAAGAGAAGGGGGCUUCUUGAAUCAGAUGCAGCCUUGCUUAACGACCCUGAGACUAGAGCGUACUUGAUUCAAUCUAUUAGUCAUGGUUCCACUUUCUUCAAGGAUUUUGGUGUGUCUAUGGUUAAAAUGGGUCGUAUUGGGGUUCUUACUGGUUCUCAGGGCGAGGUCAGGAAAGUUUGCACCAAAACGAAUUAGGCUCUCUUUGGUUUUUCAUGAGGUAAAAUAAAAACGAGGGCAAAUCAUGAUUCAUCAUUGUUAAAUCAUGUGCAUCGUUUAAACUUGUUAAUUUCAUGAUUCAUCUACGUAUGUGUGUACAACAAAAGUUUCUUUCACCCAAACUGUUUUUCUUUGUCAUAAAUAUAAUCAAACAAGCAUGCAUGCAUGCAUGCACAUGGUUGUAUUUUAUUUAAGUUCUGCUAUUAAUGUGUUCUUCUAUUCAUGA